AUGAACAGCAACGUUGAACCACACUCUGGGUACAAUACACGUUCCUACACUGAGAUUUUGAAUCUUUAUAAGAAUAUUAUCCUUUCCUCAUCACCUUUUUCAGAUAAUUGGCAGGAUCUUGAGUUUAAACAGGUUGAUGGAUUUGGAAGAAAAGGUGAUGUAAUCAUGAUGUACUUGCAAUUUUGUAAUAGGGAAAUCUCAUCUGGAUUAGGAGAAAAAACGAAAAUUCAAGAACUGCUUGAAAAGGGAGGAAAACUAAAUCAAGAAGAGAUUAAAGAGAUUUUUGAGAGAUUUGACUAUAAUGGAAAUGGCAUCCUAUCACUUGCUGAAAUUGAUAAAGCUAUAGCUGAAACCUACCCGCUUCUUGCAAAAGAUAAGCCUGCUCUUAUGCGAGCUUACAAAGCUGCUGACGCUUCAAAGGAUGGUUUCAUUGACUCGAAUGAAUUUGGUCGUCUCCUCGAUCUUCUUUAUUACUAUAAUGAUGUAUACAAGAAGUUUAAGAAACUCGACAAAAAUAAUGACAAACGUAUCAAUUAUCAAGAGUUCAAGGAGGGACACAAGAUGAUUGGAAUAAAAGUGGCUUCAGAGAAAGACCUUAAAGCAGAAUUUGAUAAAAUCGAUGCGAACGGUGGAGGGUAUAUCCUCUUUGAUGAGUUUUGUCUUUUUGUUUCCAAGAAAAAACAGCAUGAUGAUAAGGAGGCCGAAAAAGCUGAAAAUGUUGAAAAUGCCGAAAAACCUAUUGAACAAUAA